AUGGCUAGCACUCCGGCAUACGCACCCACAUCUUAUACGCCGCUAAAGGGCCUUCAGAUAAAAAAGCCACCACAGACCCUCCCACUCUUCGGUUAUGGGCCGGCCGGUCUGUUUUACUUUGAUCAUGAUACGGUGCUCUACCAGGAUCCCGGUGCCUCGCCGCCUGUUGUGGAUCCUAGCUAUAGCCUGCAACAAACAACUGAAGGAGACAACCACGAACUUCAAAGUUAUGAUCACGAUGAAGCCGUUAACACUGUUGAAAAUUGUGCAAAUUUAUCAAGAACCUGGGGUAGAACCUGGGGCCACUGGGUGAAAACGGAUUUGAAGGAAUUUGGUGAUAAUAAGAUUCCUUUCUUGAACCGUGUGGCUCGCAUAUGUACCGAAGCUCGAAUUCUCAGAUGUGAGAACCCAAAUUGUCGGCGGAGCCGCCAAAGUUUACAGAAAGUGGUUCCAAUCUCACAGUGGACGAACUUCCGGGAUUGGGUUAUGACAGUUAUAUCUUGCCAAAUGUCUGUUUCUCAUCAAGAAAGAGACGGUUUGCCGUCCGACUCAAAGUUCUUUCAUCUUGCGGCCUCGAUCACGGUUCUUAAUGGACUUCUUGAAGAAUAUAAACGGGAGGGUAACUUCUAUGAUGGUGUCUCCUUGAGAGAUGACAAAGGUGGGCUUCGAGAGACUGAUCCUUUUGCGGUCUGUGAAAUCAUAUAUUGGGCGAUCAGGGUGCAAAGAGAUUUCGGAACUUCGGAUUACUCGGAAGGAAUAUGGUCACCACACUUCAUACCUCUGAAUGUUUAUGGUAGAACUGUCAAAAUGGCCACUUUCGACGCAAAUAGCCUGAGCAUAUGUCCGAAUCGUCUGUGGAAUUUACGAAAUGCGACUGAAAGAGGAGAAGUGGAUUUCCCGGCUCUAAUGGAACUUGUUAAAGCCAAUCCGCUCCUAUCACACCAAGGACACGAGGAUUGUUUAACAAAUUCUUGCACCCUAACUACACUCGAUUCUACAAGGGUUCACCGGUUGCAUAAAUGUGAAGUAAUGAAUACUUCCGGGUCCUUAAACACGAUUCUACAACCCCAGCUGAGGACUGGCGCACACGACUCGACCUGCAAAUCCAAGAUGCUAUUCGACCCUGCAAUUCUCAACAAAGCUGCUGAAAACCCGAUAUUUUGGACCGUUUGGUCAAUAAACCAACCUCCCCAACUUCUCGAAAUGGGAAGGAAAUAUGCAGCAAUAUCACACGUAUGGUCCGAUGGCACAGGUAUCGGACUAGGGACAGUUGGAGAAGUCAACGCCUGCCUAUUCGACUAUUUUGCGGGCUGUAUUCGGGACGUUAGUCCAGAGAUUGAAGGGAUCUGGUGGGAUACCAUAUCUAUACCCACAGAGCCAAUAGCAAGGAGAAAGGCCAUCAAUGAGAUGCACAACUAUUAUGCGAAUGCGGAAUGUACGAUUCUUCACGACACAUAUCUGACUGAAUUCGAGUGGAAGGACGAUGGAAGCCCUUGCCUUGCAAUUGUUCUUUCUUCAUGGUUUACUCGCGGUUGGACGGCCCUUGAGUUCAUCAUGUCCAAGAAUAUAAAGGUAAUCUUUAAGGAUCCUAUAACGGGUGGCCAUAUUAUCAAGGAUCUCGACAAAGAUGUACUUGCUCAGGAAGCCUGUCGAACAUCCACGGGGCAUUUGAUCGCGUCUUCGAUCCUGAAACGGCUGCGUAGUCCAAUACAUUCGAUACACGAUUUAUUAUUGGUAUUAAAACCAAGGAGUACUUCUUGGGCCCGUGAUAAGAUGCUUAUUGCGGCUUUACUCGCGGAAAUCGAAAUUCAAGCUGGCGACACCUCGCAGGGUCUUACAAAACGAGUACUUUCAAAAUUUGGACGAAUCGAUGCUUUGGCGCUUAUGCACGACCAACCGACUAUAGCAGAGUCUGGGGGGUGGUCUUGGUGUCCCCAGUCGUUGUACGACAUGCCGGUCGGAGAACUCAACGAUUAUGGAGAGGAGUUCAAAAUCGGAGACGAUGGAUCCGUAGAUGGUCGAUGGUAUUGUCGUCGUGUCGACCGGGAGGAUACUUUCAAUGGGAUAAUCCCUGCAUCUUCUCACCCACAAGUAAUAUUCAAGGUCCAAAACGCUCUUAAGGACUGGCAUAAUUGUGGUUUAUUAAGAAAACACUCCUCCGAUAAAGGGCCCUGUUUACUAGUCGAGUUGCCCAAGAUGGGUAUACACGGCAUUAACACCGCGGAAGAAGGUCAGCCGAUAUUCCACAGAUCUGUGGCUGGUAGUGUAUUAUGGCAUAAGCAGAGCCCUGGGGAAACUACAAAAGAGCAUGCGCUGCUAGAUAUUAUAAGAUCCGAGUGUGGUUACAUAGGUACGGUUCAUGUAUACGAGCUUGGUCGGUUACCAAACGGAAAGUCAGCCAAUCCAAAUCGCUCUAGCUAUGUUGCAGGAAUGUAUAGAAUUUUCCACGGCGGCUCGUACUAUCACCCCGACGAACCAGGAAGGAUUGGAAACCACAAUCUACAAGGUUCUAACGACAAUUUUGCAUGGUUGCAUCGAAAAGUUUGGAUUGGUAACCAAACAGAUGCCGGAACUCUCUUGGUCCCUCGGUAUGAUCGAGUAGCUGGGAAAACGGUCCUACAAAUCGUCAAAUCGGUCAAAAAGGUCCAGAAUUUCAGUUAUUCCUCAAAUUCACCGUUUAGUGCUAGUCCUUUUACAUUACCAGAUCAAAUCUCCCCUCCUAGCUGGCAACUGGAAACGGAAUCGUUCAUGACGGCUAGUGAUAAAGAUCAUGGAGUUUUUCGAUACAAAGCGAAGGAAAUGAUAUUUCGUCGCAUCAAACCCGACCCGCUCUGGCCACCGAUAGAAAUACCUUCGAAAGAUAGGACGAUAGUCGAUUGGAGACAUACGACCGGGCCUGAUGACGGUGGAGACUAUAGCAAAGAUUUAUUCCAAGUUUUUGACGAAGAAAAAUUGUACACGUAUGCUGCGUUGGACAAAGGGUUACUUGUGCCGACGGAAGAUAGGUCAUAUCAAGGGAUAUGGAUUUCUCAGGGUAGUGCUGGACCGCUCUUCGGAAUGGGAAACGUACACUUCCAUUUUGUGCUCUUUAUCCAACAGGAUGAAACUCAUCUAUCGGCAUUGUCUCUUAGCGGAGACCAGUUCAUACGUAGAGGCGAGGUUAUAUUCCAAACCAAUAAUCUUCCUCGACCCGGAGAAUCUGAGUUUGAGGAUAAACCCCAAACAAUUGAUGCGUACCCUCCACGAGAUUAUCAACAAGAUAGCAGUUACUUAGUAAAACUGCAUCUUCGUGGCAAAGACGAAGUAAUAGCGGAAAAUUUGCGUAAAAUGGAAGUUUACAAGACUGAGAUGAUGUUCACACGGUUGCCUUCAAAUCUACUUUUUGACUUGAUGGAGAAAGAUGCCUUUGAGGAAUCCACUGUUGCUCGAAGGGGACUAGGCGCUCUUUAUAAGAUUUUGAAUCAACGGUAG